AUGGAGUUUGGAAACUCAGGAAUGCUGAACGAGGAUGGAAUCCAUGUUGAUAUGGACCGCCUAAAGAAGGGCGAAGUCAACUUGGGAACUUCGAUCAUGGCCAUCAACUUCAAAGACGGUGUCAUUCUGGGCGCGGACAGUAGAACAACUACCGGAGCAUACAUCGCAAACCGAGUGACAGACAAGCUCACACAAGUCCACGAUACAAUCUGGUGUUGUCGGUCAGGGUCGGCGGCAGAUACACAAGCGGUCGCGGAUAUUGUUCAUUACCAGUUGGGGAUGUAUGCCAUUCAGAAUGGUCGACCACCAACCACACAAACAGCCGCUGCAAUGUUUCAGGAGUUGUGCUAUGAGAAUAAGGAUCGGCUGAGUGCUGGCUUGAUCAUUGCUGGAUGGGAUGAAAGACACGGAGGCCAGGUUUACUCAAUACCACUCGGAGGCUCGUUACACAAGCAGUCAUAUGCCAUUGGAGGAUCUGGCUCAACAUACAUCUACGGAUACUGCGACGCCAACUGGAAAGAAGGAAUGGAUGAGGAGACGGCGGUCAACUUUGUCAAAGGCGCAUUACAAGAGGCUAUCAAAUGGGAUGGAAGCUCAGGAGGAGUGAUCAGAAUGGUGGUCUUGACCAAGAAGGGGGCUAAUCGCCAUCUAUAUCUGCCAGAUACCGAUUACACAGUCCGUCACGAAUAG